AGUGGGUUUGGUACUGGGAGGAUGAGUUUGGAAAGUGGAACAUGUACGCUUCAGCUUCUGGUGGACUCAAAGUAUCAGACGUAGACAGUCCUACACUGGAGCAAAGGUUUCUGGACAAUGACAAAGAUGUGGUGGAGUUCACCGCUGGUUCCCAGUCCUACUCACUCAGUUUCCAAGACAUGAUACAGACAAACAAGGAGUAUGGCACCAAGAGGCUCGUGAAAAGACGUCCGCUGUUUGUCUCCGCAUCUGAUGUUAAAACAAAGAAAGUGAGAAGGCCUCCUGGUAUACAAACUUUGGCCGCUGUACCCGGCCACUGGGACAAGACACAGAUUCCUCAAACAGGAUACAAGCGAGUCCCCCUGCAGCGCUCCUCGGAUGAAUUUAAGGAGAUUGAAACUCUUUUCUGUAAAACCAUGCGAGGCUUUGACAUUGUCCAAAUUGAGAGGAUUCACAACAAAGCUCUUUGGGAAGUCUUUCAGUGGUGCGUAGGUGAUUUUCAUGUGCUUUGUCUAGCAAACUUACGGUAUUAUCCAUCCCAGUGGUCGUGUGCUUAAAUGGCUUCUUAGCUGGGUUAUUAUAGUAUCUGCUCAGAUAACCAUCACUCUCUGGCUGUUAAAGUAAAGUAGAGUAUGUAACUUUUAUAAAGAAGAAUCAACACA